GUACUUGUACGUGCGUACGCGUGGUGGGACGUACUAGGAUAGUACGAGUGCGCCCGUGAAAAUUCUCGCUCCUCUCAGCAGUUCUGAUUCGUCUUCUCGGCCCUCCGAAACGGUAAAUUAUUUACCACACCUGGAAAUAACAAAUUUAAAGGCCAACAACUGGCAUAACUCCAGAACGCAAGAAUGCCACGUGCAUCCGCAGUGGCUAAGAAAGCCACUCCCACAGCCUCGACUCAGAAAGACAAGUCCAAACAGGCCCUGGACAAGUUUGAUUUCUAUGACGAAAACCAGGAUGAGGCUACCGGCAGUAAUAGAGAUGAAGCCCCGUCAGCUGCGAAGGCCAGCAAGAAACGAUUUUACCAAGAAGUGGAGGAGGACGAUGAAGAAACAUGUAGCCUUCCACAAGCAAACACCAACUUUGAUGGAGAGAUGCAAUCAAUGCUGGAAACUUUUGGAGCUGACGUCAAGAAAUCCCUGGUGUCAAAGAAGAAGAGAUUAGAAAACUUCACCCAGCAGAGCUUGAAGUCGGCCAACACCAAGGUUGAGAAAAUCUGGAAGAUGCAGCAAACAGAGAGGAACCGUUUGCAAGAGGAAUACAACAAGCAGCUGGGUAGCGUCUUGGACCAGUGGGAAACUGACGUCAACAAAGUCAAAGAUCAAGAGGAAAAAAUACAGAGACUGUUCAGUCAGCAGCAGAAGUUAUUUCAGCAAUCCCGUAUCACCAUGUCCCAGCGCCUGAAGACUAUCAGACAACUCUUUGAUAAAUACUCAAAGACGAUGAGUGAGUUGGAACAGUCCCACACUGAUCAGCAGAUUAAUGUCCAAGGAGAACUGCGCAAGGAGAUGGCUAUGCUGCAAAAGAAGAUACUCAUGGAUACGCAAACUCAAGAAAUGGCCAAUGUCCGAAAGUCACUGCAUUCAAUGUUCUUCUAGUUAUGUUCAACUCACAAAUCAACAGAUGUCCAGGUGCGCAAACAGGAUGUCUCCCGACUUGGGCAGGAUCUGUCUGAAUUGUUCGUCGGUCAGGUUGCAAAGCCUCAUCCCGUCCAUGGCAAAGAACCCAAUGUUGAUCUCGGGCAGGCGGUACUGGUGCCUCGUCCACUCCACCCACUUCUGAACCUGCUCCGAGUUCCACGUGUAUGGAUCUACACAUUGAGAAACCAAAGGUAAUGAACCAGUUAAAAAUAUAUGUUUGAACUGGAAUUGAAAUACUUUUCAUGGAUAUGCAAAGCCAAGAAAGGAUUUACUGAGCCAAACCAAAUUGCCAGCCAAUGAUUCAAAGAAUAUCAAUUGCUUUUAAUGACUUUUCUGCUACAGCUUAGAAUGUGAGUUAGCAACACAGUUUUUCUUAAUAGCUUCAUGAAAUUGGAUCCUGGUUCAUUGUUUUUUGGAUCGUAUUAAAGAUUUUAAAAAUCUAGAACUUUUGACCAAAAAGAGCCAAGUCACAAUAUAUGCAGCAGAUGCGCAUAAUAAUGGUAUUCUGAAUUUCUUUAGAAGUUGUAUCAGGAUUGUUUAAUGGAUUGUUCAUUAGAUUUCUGUCGGUAAUGUACAUAUUUCAUUGACAUAAUUUCCUAAGUGGUUUUUUCAUUAUGAUCGAGAGCAUUUUGUGCAAUGCAAUCAAUGCAAUGUUUCUGUGAAUACUUUCAUGUCACCAGAUGUUGAGAAGUUUCUUGUUGACUUUCCAUAAGUUUAUUUAAGUACAAGUGGCAGAUGCCAAACUGGCAUCAUUUUGAGAUUUGUUAUGAUGUUGUUGAUUGAGUAUUUAGUGCAGGUAAAAUCCAAUAGAUCUCAUGAAAGUUUUAAACUGAGUCGGGGGGGGGGGGGCAUGGCAUCCACCUGUUUGCCUCAUUUACAUAAUUGAUUGGCUCCGAGAUUGACACAUAUCUGAAUCUCUGAGAAUGCCUUGACUUUUCACCACUUCCCAUCUGGAACUCUCUGGUUCCCAACUUCCUCAGCAGCAGGAAAUGUGGUCUGUUUUGUCACUUCCUUUCCUGUUUCAAGUGAAAUGGAGGUCUAUGGCCUCAUUUUCUUUUGACCUUUAGGUCAUAUCUCUCACGAUCAGUUGAACAUUUGCUCCUGAUAAGUUAUGCAGGAAAUUUGUCCUGCAGUGUUGUAAUUAUUUAUGUUGGAUAGCAUUAUUGGGUAAAUCUCAAACAGCUGAAUUGUUGCACAUGACUUGUAUUAAGCAAGCUGGCAACACUUUUCUCUUUUACUUGUUUGCAACGUUUUCCAAUUGGAUAUUUUGUACAUUUUGAUCAAAUAAAAUUGAGCAGUUGCAAACCUC